AUGUCUCGUGUGCGCGUUUUGAACCUUCCGCGUGACUGCACGGAGGAGCAGCUGCGACGUCAUCUACUCGCCUCCCUGCCGCCCUCUGGGCCUCACUUAGAGAUCACAGACUGUGUGAUCAAGCGGUCUCAGUCCACUGGCAAGGGCAAGGGUGUGGUUCGCAUGGCCUUUAUGGGGUUUCGAAAUGCCGCCAGUGGUAAUUUUGUUGUCCGGCACUUUAAUGGCACAUACUUUGGCAGCGCGAAGUUGCGGGUUGAGGUGGCGAAGGGUCUCGCUGACGUUGGUGUGACAACGAACAUGAGAAAGAAAAUGGAAGGAACGGAAGAGCGGCCGCAGCGGAGCGCCACAGCGGGUAAGAGGGACGGUGAAGGGACUGCGGGCAGCAGUGGUGGGGCAAUGAAGCGUCCUCGAGACGGGGGGCAGAAGAUGGUAGCGGAGCAGGGGGACGGGGGCGGCAUGGAAAUGGAGGAAGACGCCCAGUUGCGUAAGAAGAACGAACGGAAGAAGGAAUUUAUCGCCGAGCGAUUGAAGGCAACGUCCGGCCCAACGUGGACCUCAGAGGUUUUACUGCCGGAGUCCGCUGAAUUUAACGCCCGGACCGUGAAAGACGGCACCGUAAUGGGUGGUGCCCACGGCAAUGAAUAUGAUGUCCACAUCAACGAGGAGAGUGACGCCCUUGACGACGAGGAGAAUGAGCGACGGGCACUGGAGCGGCAACAGGCGCUGGGAAAAGUAAGUGAUUUGGAUUUCUUAGCCUCAAUAGCGACCAAAACAGAGGCGACAAUUAGGAAGAGUUCCUCGGUGAAAGGGAACGGGGUCGUGGAUGAAGAAGAUGGAAAAAUAGGCGAUGAUGAUGAGGAUGAUGCUGGGGGAGAGCAACAGGAGGAUGUGGGGAGUGAGACACGGCAGCAGCCAUCUUGUGUAGAUGAUUCUUCCAAAAAGGAUGAUCAGGAGGCGAUUGUACAAGAAAGCCGUCGGAUACGCCUCGGGAAUAUUCCAUACAUUGCUACGGAAGAUGAUGUGAAGCAGUUCGCCUCCUCGCUGGUGGGUUCUGUGGAGGCCGUUCAUAUUCCCUUGACCAAAGACACACGGCAGAGUAAAGGUGCAGCAUUUGUGAAGUUUGUGCGGGUGGAGGAUGCCGUGCGGGCUCUUUCAUUGUGUCGUGGUGCUGUCUUUAUGGGCCGAUUGUUACGCGUCAGCGCUGCAGAGGACGAUCCGUACACCAAGAAACUUGAAUCUCACGGUGACGCGGCCGCAAUGGCGGGCAACAGUGCAUUUAAGCGCCUGAAGGAGCAGGAGCGUCGCAAUGAAAACGGCUCGACGAUGGGAUGGAACACGAUGUACAUGAAUAGUCAUGCGGCUGUAGAGUUGGUGGCAAAGCGAAUUGGUGUUACAUCGGAUGCCGUCAUCUCUGUUAAUGCACGAGGCGCCGCCGUGCGUGCUGCCAUUGCCGAGGCCUACCUGACGACGGAGAUUCAACAGGUACUGGGCGAUGAAGGGAUUGACUUUGGUUUACUGGAGAGUGCCCGGCAGAAUCUGUUGAAGACACGCAGUAACACCACAAUCCUCGUUAAGAAUAUUCAGACGACAGACCCGGAUGAUGCGGCCCAGUUGAGUAAGAUGUUUCUGCGUUACGGGACACUGGAGGCCACGGCGUUCCCAUCCGCGGGCGGGUUUGCGCUAUUUCGCUAUACCCAUCAGCAGGAUGCACGUGUGGCUUUUCAGCGACUCUCGUACAAAUUGUUUAAAAACGCACCGCUCUUCCUGGAGUGGGCCCCCAUUGGCGCCAUCGUGACAAAUGACGAUGAAGAUGGGCGUGACGACGAUGACAAAACGAAGACGCCUGUAAAGGACAACAGCUCUGCCACGGAUGGAGCGAAGCCGCAGGACGUGGAGAAGGCCGACUUGGAUGCACCGAGCGGCAAUGCAGCCUUUGCCCCUGUGUUUACGCUCUUCAUCACAAACAUUCCGUUUACGUCGAAUGAGGAGGAAUUCUACGUGUUUUUACUUGACACCUGCCCCCGACUCGCCAAAGUGCCGGAAAAACACAUUGAGCGGCUAGCGUUUGAGCAAGACAAGGGGCGCGCCUUCCUCACUUUGAAGGAACAGAGUACUUUCAAGUAUGUGCAGCAGCGGCUUAACGGGAAGAGUUUUGCCAAACGAACACUUGCAUGUGUACCGAGCAAGCAGACAACGGCGAUGCUCGCGACAGCAACAGCGACAAUGUCCGGGUCAUCCAAAUUGGGGCUUGCGGCCACGGCAUCUCCAGUGGAAGAGGGAGAGGAAGACGACAUCGCAAAGGCCUCGGCUGUUGUGGCUCGUAGAGGUGCGGCGGCGCGUCAGGGAAGCCAUGUCCCGCCCGGAUGUGACGCGCUCAAGUUGGUUGUCAAGAAUGUUCCAUUUGAGGCCACGGAGAGAGACAUACGAGAUCUUUUCUCUGCCUUCAGUGAGAUUCGCAGUGUGCGCUUGCCGCGUAAAAGCCAUCAGUUUUCCUCUCAUCGUGAGAACAAUCAUCGUGGAUUUGCUUUUGUGGAGUUUCUCUCGGAGGAGGAGGCUAAACGGGCCUUGGAGACCCUCAAAGCCACGCAUCUUUACGGCAGACAUUUGGUGCUGCAGUACGCAAAACUUGACGGGCAGUAG